AUGGGAGAAUCUGUGGGGAUAGGAGAAUCUGUGGGGAUAGGAGAAUCUGUGGGGAUAGGAGAAUCUGUGGGGAUAGGAGAAUCUGUGGGGAUAGGAGAAUCUGUGGGGAUAGGAGAAUCUGUGGGGAUGGGAGAAUCUGUGGGGAUGGGAGAAUCUGUGGGGAUGGGAGAAUCUGUGGGGAUGGGAGAAUCUGUGGGGAUAGGAGAAUCUGUGGGGAUAGGAGAAUCUGUGGGGAUGGGAGAAUCUGUGGGGAUGGGAGAAUCUGUGGGGAUGGGAGAAUCUGUGGGGAUGGGAGAAUCUGUGAGGAUAGGAGAAUCUGUGGGGAUGGGAGAAUCUGUGGGGAUGGGAGAAUCUGUGGGGAUGGGAGAAUCUGUGAGGAUAGGAGAAUCUGUGGGGAUGGGAGAAUCUGUGGGGAUGGGAGAAUCUGUGGGGAUAGGAGAAUCUGUGGGUAUGGGAGAAUCUGUGGGGAUCUAUCCACAUUUUUGUGGUGAUUUUUAUGGUUAGCUUAUGUUUUUGUCUAAUCAUUUAUGAAUAUUAACAGAAAACAGAACAAAGUUGCUCACAGACGUUUAGAUAUUGCCAGGAAUAAAAUGGCAAGUUGGCACACUACCAAGGAAAUGAAAGAACCUUGAAAAAACCCAUUUCUGUUCGCUCUACAAAUACUCUGCUUAUAACGAACCCUUAGCGGGAUACAUCCGUUUUCGGACUAUGGACAGAUUAUUGGCAUGUUUAAUAUCAACAAGGUGCAUAGACUCUCCCCAAAAGUAUUUUCUGCUUCUCAAUCUGUUUGUUCUGAGCUGAAAUGGGCAGGUAGGCCUAUAUCAACGUAGCCUCCAUUCACAAGGAGUUGCAUUAUAAUGUCAUUAAAUAAUAGUUGCAUAUCAGGUGAUGGUAGCUAAUAGCUCUGUGUCUAACCACAACUACCUCUUUGUCCGAUGCUGUUAGUGUGUGUCUGUAUGUGUUGUGGUGUGCAUUAACGCGCCCCUAGUCUCAUAAUUAAAUAACAGCAGAUAAAGAGAUUGGUCCUCAUCUUUUAAAUGCCUCAGACACGCUCAAGCGUGGUGUGUGCAAACAUGCAGCUGGGGCUGUCUGCUAUUAAAUCACAUUAAGUUUACUGCCUCCUUUUCAUUGUCGCUCGCCUUUCUCCUAUGUCAUUGUUAUGAUUAAACAUUUGCAUUCAAAAUGGACUAAUAUUUCAAUUGACAUGUUUUAUCACCCAAUUUAAUAACAAAUUGUGUUUUUGGUGAUUAAUCUACUGUGCAGUAUGGUCAGUUAAGUCGGUUCAGUGUGUGAGCGCUGAUGGAAGCCAAGGGCUCCUCUCACUCUGUUGUAUUGGCGCCAGCCCUCAGAGCCAUGAGCUGUCAAUCAAUGUCAAGGGGUUGCUGGUAAUGAAAAAGUGGGAAUGGGACUCAAGCACUCCUGCAGUCUCUUUUUUUAAUAACGUGCCGCGCUGAGGAGUGGGGGGAGGGGGUGUUCCUUCCAAAAAGCAUUAAGUGCAAUGCAGGGGGUAGGCAGCCCUGGGAGGUAGAUAACUGUGGGUGUGGUGACAGAGGCAGACUUGGUAUUCAGUAAGAGUGUGGCCCUGAUGAUCAACUGUCAUAUGCUGCUGGAAGGAGGGAUUGAAAUCUCCAUCUCAUUCCUACAUAAUGUACUGCUUUCACUUUCCAUUUUGUAUACAAUUUACCUUCAGUGGCGUUGCAGUUUUUUUUACAUGUUGCUUGUAUAUAGAGCUGUCACAAUUACUGUUUAACUGUGUAGCUGAUGGUUAUGGAUGAAGAGCGUCAUGAAAAUGAAAACUUCAGAACCGUUUGGAACGAACAGCUGACUGAAGACGGGAUGGCCCAGGCGUCCGUGUGGUUGAGUCAGUUUCGGCUGUAACAUGGACUUGAUAACUUUGUUGCUCCUUGCUGAAACAAGCAAAAGAGUAUUCGGUUGCCAAGGCAACACCCCCACAAUGCAGCAGCACAUAUAGAAAUAAAAUGAAUAGAAUGGGCUUGGAACCUGGCAAUUUUGACUGGUAAACUCAUGGGUACACUUGCAAUAAUCCGAGUCAUAAGAAGGAAUUCCCCUCGACCACGCCCACAAAUUGGGUAAAACAAACAUUCUUUUCCAUUGGCCCCCAUUGUAAAAGCGCCAACUGCUGUGUUUAAUGUACAUGUAACCAGAUUAAAAUCCCGAUUUACAGUUCACAAUGCUCCCACAUAAGGAAAUAGAGACCUGUGGCUUCAGGCUAUUCGGCGUGGGAAAUUAUGGGAACCCGGUGUCCAAGUAGGCUACACGUAGCUAUAUGUGUGGAAAACAUUUAAUCACAGGUAAGAUUUUGAACUUGUUUAGUGUAGUCCGUUUGUAACUCCACUCACUACUUGUAGCUGUAUAGUCAGUUUUGUUUAUGUUGGUCUUUGCUAGCUAGCUAGCACUCACGUGGCUGCUAGUUCUGUCAUGAAAAGGGGAAUGAGGGAAGCCCUACAAUGUUACGUUUUUUAGAAGUAGUGAGAACGCUCAGGAGCAGUCAAUGUUGAAAAGUAAUCUUUAGACAUGUUGUACUUUUCCUAAAUGGAGUUUUGUAAUUGACUAAAACAAGCUGACAACAAGAAAAUUGCGUCUGAAAAAGGUUGUUUUUGCUGUGAGCCAAUGGGGUAACCAUGGGUUGUUUUCCCCCAAGGCGGGCGGGCGGCGACGUUCUAUCUAAUACCGACUGGGGGUAUGGCUACCUGGUAUUUUGACGCAAUAAUUCCAAUUAUGUGGCUCAUUGAGUUGAAUCAAUAGCACCUACACUACAUGGCCAAAAGUAUGUGGACACCUGCUCGUCGAACAUCUCAUUCAAAAAUCAUGGGCAUUAGUAUGGAGUUGGUCCCCACUUUGCUGCUAUAACAGCCUCCACUCUUCUGGGAAGGCUUUCCACUAGAUGUUGGAACAUUGCUGCUUUCAUUCAGCCACAAGAGCAUUAGUGUGAGGUCGGGCAAUGAUGUUGGGCGAUUAGGCCUGGCUCGCAGUCGGCGUUCCAAUUCAUCCCAAAGGUGUUCGAUGGGGUUGAGGUCAGGGCUCUGUGCAGGCCAGUGAAGUUCGUCCACACCGAUCUCAACAAACCAUUUCUAUAUGGACCUCGCUUCGUGCACGGGGGCAUUGUCAUGCUGAAACGGGAAAGGGCCUUCCCCAAACUGUUGCCACAAAGUUGGAAGCAAAGAAUCGUCUAGAAUGACAUUGUAUGCCGUAGCAUUAAGAUUUCCCUUAACUGGAACUAAGGGGCCUAGCCCGAACCAUGAAAAACAGCCCCAGACCAUUAUUCCUCCUCCUCCUUUACAGUUGGCGCUAUGCAUUUGGGCAAGUAGCGUUCUCCUGGCAUCCGCCAAACCCAGAUUUGUCUGUCGGACUGCCAGAUGGUGAAGCAUGAUUCAUCUCUCCAGAGAACGCGUUUCCACUGCUCCAGAGUCCAAUGGCGGCGAGCUUUACACCUACUCCAGCCAACGCUUGGCAUUGCACAUGGUGAUCUUAGGCUUUUGUGCAGCUGCUCUGCCAUGGAAACCCAUUUAAUUAAGCUCCCGACGAACAGUUCUUGUGCUGAUGUUGCUUCGAGGCAGUUUGGAAAUUGGUAGUGACAAUAUUUACAUGCUUCAGCACUUGGCUGUCCCAUUCUGAGAGGUUGUGUGGCCUACCACUUCGCGGCUGAGCCGUUGUCACUCCUAGACGUUUCCACUUCACAAUAACAGCACUUACAGUUGACCGGGGCAGCUUUAGCAGGGCAGAAAUUUGACUAACUGACUUGUUGAAAAGGUAACAUCCUAUGACGGUGCCACAUUGAAAGUCACUGAGCUCUUCAGUACGGGCCAUUCUACUGCCAAUGUUUGUCUAUGGAGAUUGUAUGGGCUGUGUGCUUGAUUUUUAUUCAAAUAGCCAAAUCCACUAAAUUGAAGGGGUGUCCACAUACUUGUAGUGUAUUUUUGCUCCUAUGGGUACACUCUCAAUGGCUGCCAGUCCACCCAUUAUGCCAUCAUUGACUUGAAUGGGGAUGCCCGUUCUAUUCAUUCUGUUUCUAUGGCAGCACAUGCAGUCAAGAGCGGAGGAGAACAUGUCAAAAUAAAUAUUAAUAAAUACAAUUCAAUAAAUAAUCAUGUUUAGUUUAUUUUUGCUAUUACUGUGACCGCAGUCAUUUGGCUGGCCAAUUACCGUCAUCCAAAAUUCCAUGACCAUCACAGCCCCUAUAAACAGUCAUGUGUUUUAUGAUUGGGUGAAAUUCCUUCUAAUGUAGGCCUAGGUCCUUGCAGCUUGGAAUGUGUGGUGUUUGGGAAAAGUGCCGAUACCUUUGCUUCAGGAAUGACACCAAACACAUCAAUCUUUCUAUGAAAUCUAUUAAGAUGGGCUACUCCAGUCCAAACACAUUCUCAUACCAUGCACCAUUCAUCCAGUGUCUACAUUAAAAGCCUGGCUACUAGCUUUAUUAAGAGAUACCACACUAGUUGACAUUAAAAGCAUCAUUAAGGCUACAACACCACACUCCUCUGUCUCCAUUCAUGCUCUUCGUCCUCAGUGUGCUGCCUAAUAGCCGCUGUGAUGAAUAUAUUAGCCAAGCCUGCCCUUGCACUCCUAAGAGGCGCGGGGGGGGGGGAAACCCUCUUGUGUCGCCCCUGCCCGCCCCUCUUCCCAUCCUCCCUCUACCCCUCUUCCCAUCCUCCCUCUACCCCUCUGGCAGUCUAUCUGCCUCAGGCCACACUCAUUCCUCCUGCUAAUCUCCUAACUUGGCCGCGCCGCUUGCGUAUUGUUCCACAUUAGUCAUCGGUGUCUUGGCAAUCCUUUUGGGACGCAUUACGCGGCCGCGCACUCCAUCACAGGAAGUUAGACCAUUUAGUGAGAGGUAAUGCCUUUUAAUGUCACUGCGAAACUAAUCUAUUUUAAUUGAAAAUGACAUUUAUUUAUCCUCUCGCUCGCUCCCCUCUUACCCAACCAUCCUCACACAUGACCCUCCUCCCCCGCACUUCACCGUCCGUCAGUGAGAGUGUUAGGAACAGCUUGUUAAACAGGACAAGCAUCUAGUCCACUCUUUUGUGAAACCUUCUCAGGGGGGUAUUGGUGAGGAAUCCUACAUACUGCAUUUGUGCCAAGUGCUUCCAUCUACACACAUAAACCAUGAGUGGAGAUGGCUUAGCUCCACAGCAUUAGCAUCUCCUCCGCUCUUCCCUCUUGCCUUCAUUCCCAUUCCCCCCAUUUCAAAAGCAGAUGUGAUUUAAAGCCAUCAUUCAUGUUUAGUGGGCCUGUACAUUGACGUGGUGGGUAAUCUGAACAAGGGAGGCUUUCCAGAGAGGGGGCUGGACGCCCAGACCACACAAUGUCAUGGAGUGGCCCUCGUGGGGAUC